CUCCACACACCGAGAACCAACCCCCAGCCCCCAGAAUGUUCUUCCUGCUGACAGCAUUCCAGAUCGUGGCUCUAGCCAUGGCACAGAGCCAAAGGGAUGAGAACAAGAUAAUUGGUGGUUACACAUGCGUCCAGAACUCCCAGCCAUGGCAGGCAGCCCUACUGGCAGGUCCCUUUCGUCGUUUCCUCUGUGGAGGGGCCCUCCUGUCAGGCAAGUGGGCCAUCACUGCUGCUCACUGUGCACGCCCGAUCCUUCACGUAGCCCUGGGCAAGCAUAACCUGAAGAACUGGGAGGCCACCCAGCAGGUGCUACGUGUGGUUCGUCAGGUGCCACACCCCCAAUACAACUCCCGGACUCACAAUAACGACCUGAUGCUGCUUCAGCUGGAGCGGCCCGUUCGGCUGGGGAGGGCAGUGAGGCCCAUCACCAUAACCAGCUCCUGUGCAAGCCCAGGAACCCCCUGCCAUGUGUCAGGCUGGGGCACCACAUCUAGCCCCAUUGUCAGUUACCCCAACUCCCUGCAGUGUGUGAACAUCAACAUCUCCUCGGAUCAGGAGUGUCGGCGGGCUUAUUCCCAAGCCAUCACUGCUGGCAUGGUCUGUGCAGGUGUCCCCCAAGGUGGGAAGGACUCCUGUCAGGGUGAUUCGGGGGGACCCCUGGUGUGCAAAGGACAGCUCCAGGGCCUUGUGUCCUGGGGGAUGGAACGUUGCGCCCUUCCCGGCUAUCCUGGAGUCUACACCAACCUGUGCAAGUACCAAACUUGGAUCCGGAAAACCAUGCGGGGCAAAUGAUUGCUGGUGUAACUGAACACCAGCCCAUCUGCUUCCCCAGAUAUUGCUCUCUCUACGCCAAGACCCCGGGGUCCCAGCCCCCAGCCCCCUCCUCCCUCAGACCCAGGGGUCCCAGUCCCCAGCCCCUCCUCCCUCAGACCCAGAGUCCCAGCCCCCUUCUCUCAGACCCGGGGCCCUAGUCCCCAGCCCCUCCUCCCUCAGACCCAAGAGUCCUGACCCCUAGUCCCCUCCUCCCUCAGACCCAGGAGUCCUGGCCCCCAGCCUCUUGAUCUGGACUCCUGACCCAGAACUCUCCUUUCCAGAGACGUUCCUUCAGGAUUUCUCUCCACACCCCCACAAUAUCAUUAUUCAAGGACCCUUAGGUACAGAUAUAGGAACAUGAAAGCACAAAACUUGCACCACACCCCAAAGAAGACGUUUUUCAAAACUCUUAGUGUCUCUAAAAGCCAGAAAAACAGGGGCACCUGGGUGGCU